AGUUGUACUCUGGAUAUCAAGUGAAUUGGUUGUGUUCGGUUGAGUUCGUAGACAAAUUGUCCAGUGCUGGCACAUUAGCAUGGAUUUUAAUAUGCAUUCAACGCGGAUUACAUUGUUUUGAUUGUGUGCGAUGUGUAAAUUUAAUGAACGUUAUAAGAUCAUCUCGAACAUUGUUAUCGGUGUUGUGUUGUAUAGAUGAAUUUAUCAAACGAAUUGUUGUAAAAUAAACUCGUAAGUGGUGGAAAGUGAGAUUAUUAUUAUUGUUUGUUGAUGUUGAAUAUUGUAUACCAUGGCAUCAUAGCUCGAAAUUGUGUAGCGAAAUACGGACAAACCGUGUGCACCUAUUCGAUGGCUUAGAUAGUGCAACAAUAGUCAAAUUAGUUUUGUUAUGCGGAUAUUAUUUCCACGGAUAUGGAUAACAAUAUAAGAUUAAUUGCUGUAUUGGUGGUGCUGCGGAAUACAUUAGCUGGAGAUAAUUUAGCCAUGCUAUCGGGAACAUUAAAAACAUACCAGAAAACUGCCUGCGAUUUUGACAAAAUCCAGUUGACCUGUCCACGUGGUACAAGCAUAACAAUAGAAAUAGCUCAGUACAAGAAACCCAGUCCAGACAGUAAAGAAUACACAAUCUGUCCACUACAAAGGCUUAACAAAUCGAACGAUGGAUCGAUUGAGGAUGGAUCGUAUCACAGUUGUCAAGUUCCCGAAACGCAUAAGUAUUCCUUAUUGCAAACAGCCAUUGAAACAUGCCAGAAAAAGACGAUGUGUCAAUUUGUAGCCGCCCCAAAAUCGUUAGAAGGCAAUCCAUGUCCAGAUGUUCGACGACUUAUUUAUUUUGCCUAUAAAUGCCGUCCGUAUGAGUUCCGAAGCAAAGUCGCAUGUGAAAAUGAAAUAAUUCAAUUGACUUGCAGUCCAUAUUGGAGAAUUACGAUAUACAGUGCGAGUUAUGGUCGCACAGAAUACGAGAGUGUGCAAUGCGCUCAGCCGCUAGGUGUUUUAGAAGAAACUUGUUUAGCUUCAUAUGCUAACGAAAGAGUUAUGCAAAUUUGUCAUGGAAAGAGGCGUUGUAUAAUAUCGGCUGAUACUGCAACAUUUGGCAACCCGUGCAAACCUGAAUCGAGAAUGUACUUGAAAAUUGUCUACACGUGCGUUCCGAAGCAAAUACUUAAGGACAUAUACGACCAGACAGCCGAACAAGAUGAGCCGGCAAUUUAUGCAUCAACAGAGACAAAUGAAAUCUAUCACGAAGAUCAAUUUUUUCGAGAAUCGGAGGCCAUUCCACCUGCACCAAAGCUUCAUGGUGGGUUAGCGAAUGUCAAGACCUUUAACGCAACCAUUGGACAAGGAGUCGAGUACAACCAAGCAAGCUUCGAUGAUACGCUGUUCGAAGAUCCGAGCGGGCUCUUCAACAUCUACAUUGUCCUCACUGCCAUCGUUUUAAUUCUAAUGAUUCUGAUUGUAUUAGUGAUUGGUCGCAUUGUUCUCAUGAAACGAAGGUCAGCUGCCGACACAAAGUCACGUGACUGUCCUGCUGAUCUUACAAUGGAAGUUAAAGAGCGAAGAACAGAUGAUGUCAUUUCCAUGGAUAGCGACUUAAAUUCGGCAGAUCAUGUUACUAUGUCGAAUAUACCGCGGGACGAAAAACUAUUCGGCAGUACGUACAUACCGAGCUCGUAUGCAAAUUUAGACCCAGACAACAUAUCUUUUACAGUAAUACCAACAACGUCCAUCUAUCCGUGUCAGUCGUCUGCAUCUGACUUUACGAAUAAUCUGUGUCUCACUUCCACAUUUCAAUCCGGUCAUCAUCCUGUGCAAUUAAAUCAUCAAUUUGUGGCAACUGUCCUUCCCAGUCACUCACCGUACCUGUACAACGAUCAAUCAAUUAAUUUAAAGCAAAAAAACGCCAUUUUUAACGAAUUUUAUCCCGGGUGACCACAGAAUGCCGAAUAACAUUAGAACACUUUAUUCGUUAGCGAUAUUCAAUUGAAGUUUUGCACGAAAGAUAAAUUGUGAAGAGGAAAAUUUUAAAAAGAAAAAAAUCAACUUGAAUC